AUGGAUUUCAUUACAGGAUUACCUUGCUCUCAUCAGAUAUUUGAUUCCAUUUGGGUAAUUGUCAAUAGACUGACCAAAUCAGCACACUUCUUGCCAAUUAAGACUACUUACACAACUGAAGAUUAUGCUAGGCUAUAUAUAAGGGAGAUUAUGCGCCUUCAUGGUAUUCUUAUAUCUAUUAUUUCUGAUAGGCACACAGUUCACAGCAAACUUUUAGAGAUCCUUUCAGAAAGGGCUUGGCACUCAGUUGGAGAAGCAAGCCUAUUUGGCCCAGAUCUCGUACAUCAAGCUAUUGAUAAGAUUAAGCUUAUCAAAGAGCAACUCCAUACCACUCAGAGUCGACGAAAAUCCUAUACGGAUAUGCGAUGUCGGGAAUUGGAGUUUCAGGUCACAGAGAAUCUAUCCUAUGAAGAAGAACCAAUUACCAUUUUGGAUAGACAAGUCCGCAGGCUCAGAACCAAGGACGUAGCCUUGGUAAAGGUUCUAUGGAAAAGUAAAGAUAAGGAAGAAUUGACUUGGGAAGCAGAGGCAGAGAUGAAGUCUAAGUACCCUUACCGAUUCCCUGUUGAAGCUAAUGUUACUUCAGAGGAAUUUUCUUUACCAGUCGAGGACUUCACCUAUUCCCGUAUCCAAUCUACUCCUUUGAUCAGGGAGCACAAGCAUUGA